UGUGCGCGCGUGCGAGUCUGCGUGUGUGCGCGUGCGUGUCUGCGUGUGCGAGCGUGCGAGUCUGCGUGUGCGCGCGCGCGUGUCCACUGCCCUUAUACAGGCAGCGAGCGGGGCGGGCGGGAGAGAGAAUCACCGCCGUCGCCGCCGCCUCUUCAGUUUCGCCACAGAGAGAAUAGCACAGACGGCAGCAGGCAGUGCCAGAGAUAGACGGGGAACGGCGCUUUGGCAGUCAUCCUCAAUACGACUCGAAGUAAAAGACAACGUGGACUCUUGAUUCCGAAGUGUCAGAUUAUGACAGUUUAGCAAAAUCGGGGGUGGGGGUGGGGGGGGAGUGCGAAAAAAAUACAUCUUUAUUUUUAAACAUAGCUUUUGGGUUUCGUUCAGCUUUGAGAUUUCGAGUAAAAAAAUGCCAUCGGCGCAGCCCUGGGAGGCGGCGGGCAAGCCCGUGCAGCGCCCCGUGUCGGAGUGCGCGGGGCCACCCGCCUCGACCGCCCCCCAGCUCGCGGGCGCUCAGGGCGGCGGGGGUCGCGGGGUGGCCCUGACGGCCCGCCGGGUCCAGCGACCGGCCUCGCUGAGCCUCUGGCAGCCGCUCAAGAUAUUCGCUUGUUCACAGCUCGGAUCGCUGGUGCGCAGAGCCGCUCUGCUCAGGGACGCGCCCGACCACCUGCACAAGUAUGAGAAGUCGCACAACUUCAAGGUCCACACAUUCCGGGGCCCGCACUGGUGCGAGUACUGCGCCAACUUCAUGUGGGGGCUCAUUGCCCAGGGAGUCAAGUGCUCUGACUGCGGCCUGAACGUGCACAAGCAGUGUUGCCGCCUGGUGCCCACCGACUGCCAGCCCGACCCCAGGAGGCUGCCCAAGGUGUUCGGCUGCGACCUCACGGCGCUGGUGAAGGCUCACCGCGGGCGGCUGCCCAUGGUCGUGGAAAUGUGCAUCGGCGAGAUCGAGGCGCGCGGCCUGAAGUCGGAGGGACUCUACCGGGUGUCUGGGGUCAGCGACCUGGUGGAAGAAGUGAGGACGGCCUUCGACAAAGAGGGGGAGAAGGCGGACAUCUCGGCGAAGGCGUACGAAGACGUCAACGUCAUCACGGGCGCGCUGAAGCUGUACUUCAGGGAGCUCCCGACGCCCCUCGUCACGUACCAAGCCUACCCGCACUUCGUGGAGGCUGCCAAAGUGAGCGACCCCGCGGAGAGGCUGGAGCAGCUGCGCAGGGCGCUACAGACGCUGCCACCAGCGCACUACGACACGCUGCACUGCCUCAUGGCCCACCUGCACAGGGUCUCGCAGCAGGAGAAGCACAACCUGAUGAGCUCGGAGAACCUGAGCAUCGUGUUCGGCCCCACGCUCAUGAGGCCGCACGAGCAGGACGUCCUGGCGACGCUCAACGGCAUGAGGCACCAGCGCCUUCUGGUGGAGCUGCUCAUCCGCCACGUGCAGGAGCUCUUCUGAGAGCGACGGUGUCACGCGUCAACGUCCGUCCGUCUCUUGCCGUCAUCACCACCAACUCCUCCUCCUCCUGCUCCGGCGUAUUAACUCUGACCCUUCAACACCCUGCAAUGUCCGACUACGCCAAACAAUGCCCAACAAUGCCCGACUACACCAAACAACGCCCUAGAGAGACGCCUAAUGACCAAAUAUAUAUUUAACUAUUGAACUUAAACUAAACUAUUUUUUUCCAGGUAAGGCCCACUGAGCGACACAGCUCUUUGUCAGAAGUGACCUGGCCGCAAAACGACAGCUCAACAAAGUUGCUCAUCGCGUGGCAAAGUAUCGCGGCAAAAUACUCUAAACUGAUCUAAAUCAGUCGGAACGCACCGGAACAUAAAAUAAGAUAAUUAAGGAUAGCCCAGAGCGCGACUACUGCGGCCAGCGAUCACGUGGACCUGCGUAUCACACAAUUCCCCGCUUCGAUCGUUCGCCUGUGCCAGCUUAUGGGUCUCUCUGUGAUUCUGUGCGUCUCUGUACGAGCCUACGAUUCUCCGCUCAAACUCGAGGACUCUCCAUGCGAGUCUGCAUCUCAGACCAUGGGGACUGCCGUGCUUACGGCCACUGCCCGCUGUAAUAAUUUUGCUGGCAGCGUUUAAGACAUUCCGCUCACCAAACUCACUCGACACAGACUCUCACACACACACACAUUUCCGAUCAACCCCAUCCCCCCCCUCCCCGCCACCGUACAAGAGAAGAAGAUCUGGAAUGCGCCAGAUCUCAGAAGCCAAGCAGGGGUUGAGCCUGGACAUUGUUCGGAUGUGCGGGAUCGCCAUGCGGCAAACGGGGCGCUGUGGGAGCUGCUGCGGGGCUGCGUUGUCAGCGGUGGGCACUGCAGCAAAAUCCUGAUUUGUUGUACUGCACUUCGUGGCUUCCACGUGUCUGCCCCCAGUCUUCACCGACGCACGGCGAUGGGCUUGCCGAAGUACGGUCGAAUAACCCUCACGAUCAGCGCGGCAUGGGGAGGCCCUCAUCCAGAAGUGGAUCAACAAAGAUACGUACGUUAAUUCUACAGGCAUAGCAGUGAGGUGGGGGGAGGUUGUAUGACUUGGAUGUAUGUUGAACUUCUUUUGCACCGUACGUAGUCAACCGUGCUAAUCAGAGGUGCGGGGUAAAGACAACACAUCGAAACACAAAAAAGCAGUUCUAAAGAAAUGAGUUUUCAGGGCAGCGUUUGAGACUGAGGCUGAUCGCCAUGUCUUGGUGUCUGUGCCGUGGAGCCGAUCUAAUUCACACAAACCUCCUGCUGUUCCGAGCCUCAACCCAUACACCCACAGAGUGGCACGUUGCAGACACCAGAUGACGUGUCAGCGCGGUGGUGGACUCGACAGUAACAACAAAAACUGAAAUCCAGGAUGUGGUCCAGGACCCAUUCGAUGACUCAAGCAGCCCUGCAGCUGCGAGCCAAGCAGCCAGGGUUUAUUUUUUUCUCGUUGUUUCCCCCAGGCUAAUAUAUUUCAUUCAAAUCCUGUCUGCCCCACAACCGCCGCCGGCGUGACGUCGUUCCUCGCGCUUAUCCGACGAGCUGCGCGGUUCUCCAGCCGCAGAGGAACAAAACGGCGCCGUGUCCACGCCGACCCCGUGGGCUGCAGCAAUGGAUGAGGGUGCACGCGCUGGCGGCUGGCCCGCGUCAAACGCUCACCGCCAGCAGCGAGCAGCGGGGCGAGACGCUUCAUACGUCGGCAGGGCGCUAGACCUCGCGACGGAAACGUCUCGAAGCGAUGCGCACCACUUGAGCAGGAGAAAUGGCAAAAGACAAAAAAAAGCAGUGAGGAGCGUGGACGCACGGUCACGUAGACACGCUGCACUGUGAGUACAUAACAUCGGCGGUUCAAUUCAGUUCCUGGACAAGGUUCCCAGCACGCGGAGCGAAACGCCGGACAUCGCAGCCCCCCCCCCCUUCCCCACCCCCCCCUCCCCCACGACGAAAACGCGUGGUAAACAACCCGAACAGGCCUCAGGGAAGCUGGCUCUUCCUGUGGCUCUCGGUGAACAGCUGGGCAAUGCACCGCAGUUGUCUGCGAGCAGGGAGACUCCGCACAGGCUGGGCGCGCACGUGGAGGCCGUGUCACGGGGCUUCGAUCGAAGGGUCAAGGGGCGCGUGAAGUCGACAGCCUGAAUUACACAACGAACGAAUGUGGUUCGUCUUUCCCAGAGGUUACUGCUGCGAUGAAACAUACUCUGAAAUCUUAAGGCAACUCACAUUUAAGCAAUGCAGAAAACGGUACACUCCACCCCAUAUUAAGCAUGGUGGUGCAUGGGGUUAGUGCACUGCGCCAUGAACCCUGUGACCCCGAGUUUGAAUCCUGGCCGUGGCCAACAUCAGUGUCUGAACCGGGCACGGUCGCUGCUCACCAACCCCCAUGGCCAACAGGGUGUGGGGAGAGAGGCCUCCAUCCAGCAGUGGAUUGAGUAAGAGCUACAAAGGAGAAGCAAGGCUCAAUGGAGCACACGAGUGACGUCAUCACAUCUAUUUAAG